GGGAUGCCCUGCGAUAAAGACAGGAAAGUAGCAGUUGGAUUCAAAGAUCCAAAAGAGGAAUCAGAGGUUCGUCGGGCGCCGAGGAUAUCCCCAAGUCGUUCAUUGCGACAACGGGACGAACUUCGUCGGAGCGAGCCGCCAUCUCAGCGCUCUGCGGAUCAGGCUCAAGGAGCAAGGAGACGCAAUUCGCGACUUCGCGUCAAAGAACGGAUGCGAAUUUGUGUUCAUACCGCCGCGAGCUCCUCACAUGGGAGGGCUAUGGGAGGCAGGUGUAAAAACUGCCAAGAGCCUACUCCUACGGGCGGUAGGCAGCGCGCUCCUAACCGCCGAAGAGCUCGCCACAGUCCUCGUCGGCAUCGAGGCCAUAAUGAACUCGAGGCCGCUGGGAGCCAUCAGCCGGGAUUUGAAUUGUGAAGAAAAUAUAGUUGUUCGCCAACCUUGAAU